AGAAGUGACCAUGCCCGUCUCAGCUCUGACUGUUAUAUUCAUCGUUUUUGCGUCUUGCUCAGCAGCCAGUGUAAAAAUUGGCGUACCUGAAAACUAUGACGGUAUUUUCCCAUGGUAUUUAGCCAAGCUUCACAGCCUUCCAGCAAACCACAGUGACCUGGUGGUGACGGGAGACGAUGAAGGGAUUUUUGGAGUGGAUUCACAGUUUCUCUACGCCAUAAAACCACUGGACCGAGAAAAACAACCGUCCUACUCUUUACAGGUGUCCUUCAGAACCUCAGUGCACCGUCAAAGCUUCACCGUGGAGGUUUUUGUCAUCGAUAAGAACGACAAUGUGCCCACGUUUAUUCAGGAGAGUAUGAGAGGCAGCGUGCAGCUCGGCCUCCUCAAAGGGAUUCCCUUCAUGCAGGUGGAGGCGAUGGAUCGUGACGACAGGAACACCCCCCACGCCGAGCUCCGCUUCAGCCUCCUGGAGCAGACGCCCAGGAUCCCCUACAGACAAAUGUUCUCCAUCGACCCGCUGUCUGGAGAGGUGGCCCUGACGGAGGAAGGAGCCUCUGCUCUGGACCCGGAGAUGUGUGGGCGUUACAAGCUCUCGGUGAUGGUCAAAGACAUGGCGGGGAAGGCCAAUGCUUUUUUCACCACUGGGAUUGUCACUGUGGAGGUGACCGGGAACUCGUGGGCGUCUCCUGACCCCGUGAGGCUGCAAGAAAACCUGCCUGGACCUUACCCCAUCCCCAUCUCACAGGUCAAAUGGAGUGGCAGCCAGGCGGAGUACAGCCUGGAGGGGGAGUUUCCAGAGAUGCUCUUCACCAUCAGCCGAGAGGGAGUCAUUUAUCUGAACGCGCCCCUCGACCGAGAGACACAGGACCAGUUUCUGAUCAGCAUCGUGGUGGAGCGUCCUGACGGCAGAGAGAUCGCCAAACCCGUGGAGCUCCGGGUGAUGGUGGGGGACGCCAACGACAACAGGCCCACCUUUCCCCAGGCGCAGUAUCACACCGUGGUCAAAGAACUGGCUGCAAGAGGGACUGAAAUCCUGACGGUGCAAGCGGCCGACAACGACGAUCCUAAGACGGACAACGUGCGGAUCUUUUACCGUUUAGUGGGACAGAUCCCGGAGAGUCCCAGGGCCCUGUUCAGAGUCGACCGAGACUCUGGGGUCAUCUCGGUCCAAGCAGACAGCAUGGAGGGCACCGCUCCACAGUACACACUCACCAUCACCGCUGAAGACGCCAAAGGUCUAAACAGCUCGUGCACGGUGGUGGUGACUGUACAGGAUGAGAACAACAACCCGCCGGUCUUCUCCCAACACGAGUAUGGACCGUACCACAUCCCAGAGGACGCUCCAGUGGGAACCACAGUGACUGCGAUCGUCGCCAGAGACGCAGAUGUCCGUGGAGGAGACAGCUGGCAGGUGAACUACCGCAUGGAGUCUGGGAACGAAGAGGAGGUUUUCUCUCUGGUCACAGACCGGCAAACCAACGAGGUGUCUCUGGUGCUUUCAAAGGUUCUUGACUUCGAGCGUGAGAGCGAGUACAUCCUGGUUCUCAGCGCCAAGAACCCAGUGGCCCUCGUCCGCGGUCGCUACGGCUCUCAGUCCACGGCGACCGUCUCCAUCUACGUGGACGACGUCAACGAAGGUCCCAUCCUGUCCCAGAGCCACUAUGAGGUCACGGUGCGAGAGGGGGAGGAGCCAGGCAGGGUCAUAGCCACGAUCAGAGGGUAUGACCCCGACUCACAUCCAAUCAGAUAUUCUCUUCAAGGAGACACAAAAAAAUACUUUUCAAUUGGAAAAUAUUCAGGCGAACUGAAAACCGUGCAGGCUCUGGACAGAGAAGAAAAUAGCACCUACACAAUGGAAGUUAUUGCCGUGGAUGGAAGAAACUCGUCGUUAUCGGCCUCGACUCUGGUGACGGUUCAUAUUCUGGAUGUGAAUGACAACAGUCCUGUGCUGGUGGGGGAUUACUCCUGGAAGUACCUGUGUACCCCCCGGUGGGAGGAUCAGGCCCUGGUGCUGGCGUCCCGGGACAGUGACGGACCACAACACGGAGGUCGACUCAACUUCUCGCUCCGCAGUGACGCCACGGUCAGACGCAACUGGAAACUCACACCUAUCAACGAUACCCACACAAACCUGUCCUUGAACAUCCCUUAUCUGCCCCCGGAGGUCUACACCGUGCCCUUCACCAUUUCAGACAGCAGCUCUCCUCCUCGCAGCACCUUCAUUAACCUUCCAGUGACUGUGUGUCCGUGCAACAUCAGAGGAAACUGCAAAAUCGCUGCCAAGAAGCUGCAGGGGAUGCCAACGAUCCAGUCUGCAGUGGGCAUCCUGCUUGGCACCUUCGCAGUCAUAGGAGCCAUUCUUGUUGUGAUAUUUGUGAGACUUUCAUACCAAAACCCCAAAGAGGAAGGAAAAUCAAACCAGGAGCUUGUCCCGUUGAAGAUUUCUAUUUAA